UAAAGUCACGUUGUAGUCACGUUGCAAGCGGCGUGGACUUUUCUGACAACUGUGUGGUUUUCUACGAUACGAUAGAGUUUGUUUGCUUCUUGUCGUUUUUACUAAGCACGGCGUAAUGAAUUCAUGUUCUGGACCAAGAAAAUAGGAAUAAACACAUCUAACGGUGUAGUGCGAGGUUUCAACUAGAAUUCAGUGCUAAAAGUGAUUAAAACAAAUCAAAAUUCUAAGCGGUUACACUGUGUAAUACUUGUCUUUAUUUCUCCAAUAGUGUUUUUAAUUUUGUAACAAAAUAACAGUGACUCUUUGAACUCGCCAGUGGAUUACAAUUAUCCGGGCCAGCUUUACUAUAAUAUCAAGGAUAUUCAAAGUUAAUGCCAUGUGGGUGACGAGUUAGGUAUGUCGGCUGCAGCGGAGACGCUGCCGACAGCGUCAAGUGCGCGCACGCAUGCGACCCUAGCGACCGCCCCCACCGGCCCGCAGCGCUGUUCCACCGGGAAACACAUCGUUCAUUGGUUCCGCAAAGGCCUCCGACUCCACGACAACCCGGCCUUGAGAGAGGGCCUCAGCGACGCAGUCACAUUCCGAUGUGUCUUCAUAAUCGAUCCCUGGUUCGCUAGCUCGUCGAAUGUUGGGAUAAACAAAUGGAGAUUCUUGUUACAAUGCCUGGAAGACCUGGACAGCAGUUUGAGGAAGCUAAAUUCCCGGUUGUUCGUGGUGCGCGGACAACCGGCCGACGCCCUGCCGAAACUCUUUCGCGAGUGGGGCACCACAGAACUCACGUUCGAAGAAGACCCUGAGCCCUACGGUCGUGUCCGGGACCACAAUAUCAUGUCCAAAUGCCGAGAAGUCGGCAUCACCGUCAUAUCUCGUGUUUCGCACACACUCUACAAAUUAGAUAAAAUUAUAGAGCGCAAUGGUGGGAAAGCACCGUUGACAUACCAUCAGUUCCAAGCGCUGAUAGCGAGUAUGCCACCGCCGCCGCCCGCCGAACCCGCCAUCUCGACGGAAACGCUAAACGGUGCCACGACACCGGUCUCCGACGAUCACGACGAUCGCUUUGGAGUCCCUACCCUCGAGGAGCUUGGCUUCGAGACUGAAGGACUGAGGCCUCCGGUGUGGAUUGGCGGUGAGAGCGAAGCUUUAGCUAGAUUGGAGAGGCAUCUCGAACGGAAAGCAUGGGUAGCUUCAUUUGGGCGGCCUAAAAUGACUCCGCAAUCUCUAUUGGCUAGCCAAACAGGGCUGUCACCCUAUUUGAGGUUUGGGUGCUUAUCAACAAGGCUAUUCUACUACCAAUUAACGGAAUUGUACAAAAGAAUUAAGAGGGUGCGACCACCUCUUUCUUUACACGGACAAAUACUUUGGCGAGAAUUUUUCUACUGCGCCGCAACGCGGAAUCCAAAUUUCGACCGUAUGGAAGGCAAUCCCAUAUGUGUUCAAAUACCAUGGGAGAAAAACCAGGAGGCUUUAGCAAAAUGGGCGAACGGUCAAACUGGUUUUCCAUGGAUUGAUGCGAUCAUGAUACAGCUGAGAGAGGAAGGCUGGAUCCAUCACCUGGCGCGACAUGCCGUGGCAUGCUUCCUUACCAGAGGUGACCUUUGGAUUUCAUGGGAGGAAGGAAUGAAGGUGUUUGACGAGUUACUACUGGAUGCGGACUGGUCGGUGAAUGCGGGCAUGUGGAUGUGGCUCUCCUGCUCGUCUUUCUUCCAACAGUUCUUCCACUGCUACUGUCCUGUCCGAUUCGGAAGGAAAACUGAUCCUAACGGGGAUUUUAUCAGACGCUACAUUCCCGCGCUGAAGAACAUGCCGACGCGCUACAUCCACGAGCCGUGGGUGGCGCCGGAGUCGGUGCAGCAGUCGGCGCGCUGCAUCGUGGGUCGCGACUACCCCAUGCCCAUGGUGGACCACGCCAAGGCCUCGCAAAUCAACAUCGAGCGCGUCAAGCAAGUCUACGCACAACUCGCUAAAUACAAACCACAAGCUAUAUUGAAUCCACAUAAUCUUCAGAGACCGAAUGUUAUGCAAUCUUCGCCUAGUCCGACGUCCAUAAUCGCGAAUAUAAAUCAGUCGAACUACUUGUGUAGUCAAGCACCGGACCCUCAGCCCACUACUGCAUCAAAGUCGGACGGUUUCGAUAAAGACGCGAUUGUGUUCCAACAUCCCAGUAGCAACUCACGACGGGACGGCAAGCACACGCAGUUCAAGAAAGUCGUCAUCGUACAAACACAAAGCACUAACGUCGCUCGCCCGCCGACUCCGGAACGCCCCAACCGUUGUUCACCGCAACCCAAUUUCAUUAUCAAUCUGGACGCAUACAAAACAAAUCCAGGCAUGGAUACCACACAAGAACAAAGCAAACAAGACAACUAUAACUUCAAGAACCUAGCCAUCAAUAAUUACAUACAAGAUUAUUCUAAUACUUCCGAGUAUCGGAACCAGCAGCUGAAUAAAGAAGAGGCAUAUCAACAGGACGUCAAAACCAACAGUUUCGGUUUUCUAAAGCCAAAGUUCUACUUGUCCUACACGGAUAACGGAGUUUCACGAAUUGCAACCGCUCGUGCAGCGACACAAAAUGAGAUAAAUAAAGAAACUGCAAGCGAUCCGGAAAAAGAGAAGUCGGAAAGUAAUUUGCACUCAUCAACUAUGCAGACUGCUGAGUUUCAAGAGUCUUCUAAGACUGUAUAUGAUCCCAACACGAAAAACACAGAAUAGUGAAACUAUAUGACACAAACUGCAUUAUUGACAACUAAUAUUUUGUGCACUUAUGCUACUGCCGCCACUGAAAAAGUGAUACAAUGAAUGCAAACAAUAAUAAAAGGAUAUUUAGAUAACAUUUAACUAAAAAGGAAGCUGGAUACAUCAUUCCUUAUAUCAAUAGUAUCGUAAUCCCUUAUUUUUAAAUAGGUGAUUUAUUUAGAUCACGUUUGAAUAAAUUCUGCAUAAUAUAGUGUACUACUAAGGGUAUAUAAAACUUAACUAAUUCUCCAAAGAAUUUACUGUGUGUUCUCCAAAUCUGUAAAUUAAUGUUAGAAAGAACUUAGCUCCAUUUUUAGUUUCGGACACCAUCGAUCAAACCACCCUGCCCUGAGAAGAUUAACGUAAAAUGUUUACUCACUGAUAGUUCGAAAAAACUAUUGUAAUAAAUUAAUCAUUACUACUAUCAAA